AUGGCGCUCCAAGACCCCAAACACGACCCAACGGCGACAGGUUCCCCGCCUGCAAUCAGCAACUUCCCGCAAGACCCAUCCGACUUUGACAGCGACCCGCGAGUCUCCUUCUCCAAGCUCGACAACAAAUUCAUCUUAGAAACAGACGAUGGGCAGGAAUAUAGCUACGAUACGAUCUUGAAGCGGUGGAUUCCGACGAUUGACGAUGACUUGCUGCGGCAACAACAAGAAGCCUAUAAAGUUGAAGGAGUAGAUGAAGACGAGCAGGCUGGAGCACAGAGGCUCAAGAAAAAGCGCAAACAGGGCAGUGAGGAGGGCGACGCUCAAAAACCAAAGAAGCAACGGGUCAACACCGCUGUGUUCGUUACAUCUAUCCCCCUCGACGCAGAGUUCGACGAAAUACGAGACAUCUUUUCGAGGUGCGGCGUCAUCGCCGAGGAGAUUGACAGCGGCCGGCCCCGGAUCAAAAUGUACACGGAUGACGAGGGAAAAUUCAAGGGGGAAGCUCUAGUCGUCUAUUUCCGACCCGAGUCGGUGAAUCUCGCGAUUCAGAUGCUGGAUGAUUCAGACUUUAGACUGGGCGUGCCUGGGCCGCAGGGGCCCAUGCGCGUGCAGCCUGCAGAUUUCUCUUUCAAAAGCCAGCAAGAGGCGCCGACGAAGACGAGCAUGCGGGAUAAGAAAAAAAUCAUUAAGAGAACGCAGAAACUGAAUAACAAACUCGCAGAUUGGGAUGACGAUGAGCCCGCUGCACUGGUGGAUACGAAUUCCAAGUUUGAGAAAAUCGUAAUAUUGAAGCAUAUGUUCACGCUUCAAGAAUUGGAGGAGGACCCGGCAGCUAUCCUUGACAUCAAGGAAGAUAUCCGUGAAGAAUGCUCAAAACUCGGAGAGGUCACAAAUGUCGUCCUUUAUGACAAGGAAGAAGCGGGCGUCGUCAGCGUCCGGUUCUCGAAUCCAGAGUCCGCGAGAGCUUGCGUCAAGCUCAUGAACGGCCGCUUCUUCGGCGGCACAGCAGUCGAAGCAUACAUCUCAGAUGGAAGCGAGCGGUUCCGCAAGUCGAAUGAGAAGCGCGCUGCACUGGAAGAUCUUGCUGAGAAGGGUCUCGACGCAGAAGAUGACGAUGAGAAUCAGCGUCUCGAUGAAUUUGGGACUUGGUUGGAAAGCUCACAUACGGUGGAGAAUACGGCCAAGUGAACCGUCCACCGUCACUGUCACCGUAUGAGCCGGAAUGCUGUUCAUCUAGGCUCCUCAUACUAUUGUACCAUAGACUCCCCUUCAAGCAAUGCCUUUACCUCUAUCGAAUUUCGAAAUAAU